UUGGCAACACUGAAAAUGACAGUUGGUGCAGUUGUUUGAUUGACAGAAAAGUGAAAAUUUUCGCUGAAAAUGAGGAAUCUACGAUAAAAAAUGCAAUUUAAUCGUUUAUUAUCAUCACAAUAUUAUUUAUUUGAAUUAAGUUAUAAUGUGUUAUGUUUAAUUAUUUAUUAAUAAUAUUCAAUUUGAGGUUACGAUUUCAAAAGCAAUAAUGAGGAAAAAGGCGAUUAGUAUUAGCAGCGACAGUCACAGCGACGAUGAUGUACCUCUCCAUUUAAUAAAAACUAGCAAAUAUACGGAUGAUCCCAAUGCGUACGACAGCCUGUGUCAACGCAGUAAUGAAGCAUGUGAAUUCUGUGAUAGGAUCUCUAAAACUAGAUAUUCCAGUUUAAUCCACAACGCUAGUCAUAUAAUCAUUCCGCUAUUCAAUCAGACAAUCAUUCGAUGUCCCAUAUGUCUGUUCUGCUUCACAAGCGAAGAGGACUUAGCUAUACAUAAUGUUAGAAAACAUAUUGAGGUCACCGCACCUAAGGUAUCUCUAGUCAAGAUUGAGAGUGAUACUAGUGGAUUAGAUCAUUCUAGAUGUAUUAAGAUUGAGCAACCACAACUAAAAGAAUCUCCCACAAAUAGCAUCUUACCUACCAAUCCAACAGACGUUACCAGCUCAAUAAAGAGCCGUCUAGUCUUCGAAGAUGAGGACGAUGACUUAAUACGCUUGGACUGCAAUCAGCUACUGAAUGACUUGACAACUGAUUGUAAAGUGAAUAUAGAGGUGUUUGAUACACCGUGGAUGAACGGUGAGGAGUAUACCAAGAGUGUGCAUUAUGAUGAACUGGUGAACCCUGGGGUUUAUAGGUGUAGGAAGUGUGGGAAACGGUUUCCUACUAGAUAUGACGUGAUAAUCCACGAAUCCUCUCACAUUAGAUUUAAAAAUAGUCAAAUAAUUCUGUGUGUAAAAUGUAAUAAAUAUCUUCAAGGUGGUCGGAAAGACCUCAGAUUCCACGAGUAUAUGUUCCAUUCAAAUAUAGAAGAAAAACAGUUAUCUGAAGAUAGUACUAAAAGGUUUUACGAUGAAAAUACAAAAGAUAGAAGAAUUUUCAACUCCGAAGUAUUUACUUUCUGCGAAGUAUGCUUUAUAUUUUGCAAAAAUAGGGGUGUGAUUAACUAUGAAUGCUUGAAAACUUUAUGUGAAGUAGGUAAAAGGUAUCAGUGUGAUAAAUGUGGCCAGUUAUUCUUUGAAAUUAAACUUGUUAGGAGAUUGGUACAAAAGAGGGCUGGAUAUUCUGCACAUAAGAAAAAAAAGAAAACUAAUGAAGAUCGUUUAAAAACUAUUGUAAAAAGAUUUAAAGUAAUGAAACAUUGA